AAAAUAAUAUAUUCAAUACUGGUCUUCUUGAACUAUCAGUUCUCACUAAAAUUAUUUGCUAUUCACCUUUAAUACAUAAAAAAAAUGUAAAAGAACUUAAAUUUAAACAUGAUCAAGGAGAAUUUAAUUAUGACUACUAUGUAACUUCUCAAGCUAUUGAUUAUAUUUCUAAUUAUAAAAACAAAGAUACAAAACUAAUGAUUAUUCACUUAACAGAUACUGAUAAAUAUGGUCACUAUUAUGGCUUUGGUUCACAAAAAUAUCUAAAGCAAAUUAAAAUUAUGGAUAAUCAAAUUGGUAAUAUUCUCAAUGCUGUUAAACAAGCAAAAUAG